AUGAACAUCCCGAACGACAGUAUCACAGCCGGUGAUUGUGCGAACAUCGGAGUUAUUUACCAAAUAGAAUGCCUAACGUACAACGCCAUAUAUAUUGGAGAAACUGGAAGGAUGCUGAACGAUGACCGGCCACUAUGCUUUUUCCGACUCACCGUGGUUGAGAGGUCUGACCAUCAGGGAAAAGGAUGGGUUCGUGACUCGUGGCUGUCUAACAGCUGCUGGAGUCCGGAACGUGAUUUUAUGUUUCACGCAAGGAAAGAGAAAGACAAAAGGAAAUUCAGUCCUCAAAAGAAAAGAAACUUCUACAAGCCACGUACCCGCUGGUUCGACAUGUUAAGAACUCCUAUAAAUCUUACGAUGUGCGCAGAAGGAAGAAUAGUAUGGAAUAUGAACCGAAACUACUGCAUCGAGAGAACAUCUAGAGCGAGAGAAGCAUAUGGAUGCUACAUAUGGAGUAGAAUGCGAAUAUCAAAAGAAUCAGAAGUUCAUCAAUCAGAACUCAUCAUUCUUUAG